UAUCUUUCUCAGCUCGUAGAGAUGACUCACCUUUCUCGCACUUUCCCUGCACCCUCCGCUCGGACCUCUCUCCUCCCUAACGCCUCCUCGCACAGUCCUCCUACUCUUCCUCCCUCCUUCUUCCCUCUCUCUCUCUCCUUCGGCGCCGCAAAACUACUUCCCUUUCUUCCUCUCCUCUUCCUUCUCUUCCUCCUACCGCGUCGAAGGGACAAAUAGAGAAAUUAAUAAUAAUGCUUUAUCCGACCAACCUCAACCAUCAUCAUUUACUAGCGAUUUCGUCCGUCUGUUAAUUGACUUUCCUCUUCCACUGUCAUAUCCGCUUAGUCAUUUUAUACUCUACUGCAUCCGUCAAUGCCCUGAACCUGCGACUAUAUAAGACCAUGUAGAAGCCCUUGCCAUGUCCGUGUUGUCUUUCAUCACAGAAUUUAUUGAUUCACAGACCACGCACAAAUGCCCGAACGACAUACUUCAAAGCCUGCUCGAGUUUCAGGAAUCUCAGUGUCAUCAUGGCUAGCAAACGUAUACAUACCGCCUACACCCCCACCCAAACCUUCACUCAAGACCUUCAAGAGCCCACUUCUGCCAGAUGGUGUCAUUCCUAUUCGGGACUCGUCGAAGCUGGGUCAAUCGAUGGAGGACGAGCCGGUUACUACCCUGUGGGAUGGCUAUUCCACCAGGUAUGUAGAUGGUAUAAUGGAUUUUACUCUUCCAGAAAAAGACUUCGAUCGAGUCCCUCCGGACGUCAGGGCAUACUAUGCUCUUGUGUACCGAUGGUCACAAGGCGAUUAUGACCACCUGGGGUAUUUUGAUUUGCAUCCAUGCAUUUUCCGUCCGAUUACUGAGCAGGAAGUGAGAAAAGGAGCGGCGUAUUUGGAAAGGGAGCGUUUAGCCAACCGAAGAGGUCUUUUCAUUGACCCAGAAAUGUACCGAGACAAGACUGUCCCUGACUCGACCACAGUACAUGUGUGGCAACAUCUCGGCAACGAUUGGAGAGAAGAGUUCCACCGAGCAGAAAGUUCUUUUGGCAAAGUCUACACUUUGGUUCCUUCCGGUACCCCUCCUUACGUGAUCCCUCAUAUCAUCAAAACCAACGUUCGAGCGCCGUUCUUCUCUUGGUCAACAGGAUUUCCCGCCGAGCUUUUGCAGCUAUAUGUCGCCUGGGCAUACCAUGAUUCCUACAAUCCUUUCCUUUACCUCCUCUUGGAAUCCGCCGGCGACAAAUCAAGUUUCUCUGAGAUGAAUUUCAUGGAACUUUUCGACGAGUUUCCGGAAGAUGUUUUCGAGGAACUCUUAUAUCCCCUUUAUCGAAUCGAUUUGAUGCCGAACCAUAUAAGAACCAUGUGGUUUGACCCUGAUGAACAGUGGGAUUCCGAUGUAGAGAAAGAUUCGACGGUGGAAAAAAUAAUAGACGAAUAUUACAAGGAUCGGGAAAGAAAAGAGAAGGAGGCAGAGGUGCUUAAAGACCAGGAUGAGAACAAACCAGAGACGAAGGACAAGGAGGAUAUUUUGUAGGAGAGGAAUACGAGGUCGGCAAUGCGGAUGCUGGAAACUGAAUAUUGUAAUCAACGACGUCGUACUAUGAACAUACAUAUGUUUCUCCUCUUCUUAAUCCCUUUUGUUUCCUUUCACUUGGCUGAUG